CUGCGCACGCGCUUUUGAUGCAGCGUGCGCGCAGAUGCCGGCAGUCGCACAGGUAACGUUGCGGCAGAUAGUCGAGUUAAUGGUGCGCUCACCACCGCUAUCGGACGCUUUCUCGAACGCAUUUACGAUAUUUUUACGAGAUUAAUCCAAAUUUUAUAUAUGAAUUAAUCAGUGUUACGUGAAGAAAGUGAUUACAAACUGAUGUGUUAAAUGAUACGGGUAUAAUAAUCAUGUCCGUUUGAUUUUUUUGUUUUAUUUGUUACUCAAAAAGUCAGUCCAAAUGAAGAUGACUGUAAAUCGCAUAAGGGUAGUCGUGCUUGGGAGUCCUCGGAGUGGGAAAUCGGCGGUGGUUGUGCGUUACCUUACAAAACGCUAUAUUGGCGAAUAUAGCUCGACUGGAGAUUUCCUCUACCAACAUAGAGUGGCGUUCGAUGGAGCUGUGUCGGAAGUAGAAAUAUUGGAUACUUCAAAUUGCGCAAUACGCGGCUGUCUUGGUGAUCAUGUGCGAUGGGGCGACGCGUUUGCGGUGGUGUACUCGGUGUGUGAACGUCGCUCCUUCCUGGCGGCUGCUGAGCUCCUCUCACUCCUCGAGCGGACUCGGCUGCCAAGUUGUGCAGCCAUUACUCUCUUGGGCAACAAACGUGACCUCGAACACGCCAGGGAGGUCCACGCAGAGGAGGGUCAAGAGUUGUCGCUGCGGUUCGGCUGUCAGUUCUAUGAGGUAUCCGCUGCGGAGUCGUGCGCGGGCGCCGCGCUCGCAUUCCACGCGCUGCUACGAGAGGCGCGUGCUCUCGCUUUGUUAUUGCCCGCGCCUCGUCGCAAGCUUGCCGCCUACUCCGUUUCAAAGGUAAUUGGUACGAUAUUCGGCAAAAACAGCAAAAGUGUUCGAAAGAAACGACCAUCGCUUAGUAUUUAGGAUUUAAUAUAUUUAUUGUAUAAUUAAUUUAAAUUGAUAGACUGCUAUAUGAUAUAAAAAUAAAGUAAGAAAAAUCUCUAUAUUAUAUGUUUUCAAAUAAGAUAAAAUGUAAAUACUUUGAAUGAAUUUUAAAUGACUUCUUUAAAAUAAUACGAUAGGUCCUACGAUUAUCUUUUGUCUUUAAUAUAAAUAUCUACUUAUGAAUAGUAAAAACACAUCAGUAUUAAAUAAAUUACAAGCCGUCCAACGAUGUUCUUAAAUUUACAGUGAUUACAAUGGUAGUUUUGAAUGUUUUUAAUUUAAAACGUAAUCAAUAGUAUUCCGACUUAAACGUUGUUGAAAGAUGUUUAAUUAAACAAAGUGUUUAAUAAAAUAAAGUAUAUAAUAUUACAUACAUAAGUGUAAAUUAUAAUAAUAUUGACUGUAAAUAUAAUGAUAUAUUUUAUAUGAAGCCUCGCAUUAAAGUUGUUAAGAU